AUGAAACUCGGAUGCUGCGGCAAACUUGACUGUGAGUACAAAAAUGACGAGAACGAUGUGCAUGGAGGACAAUGGAUCCGGAUCGAUAAAGGUCCGUCGGGCUUCGGAAAGCUUACAUUCAUUGAAGAACAGAUCGGCAGGAUGAAUCCACUGGUACGAAAUCUCUAUAAACGAAUCAUAACUGUUGGCAAGGACUAUCCAGCCGGCUUGGACCAUGUCCGUGUCCAGUGGAAAAAAGCCUUGCGAGACCCUAACAAUUGUCCGGCCUGCUACAAAUCACCCGCAACUUGUGAGUCCGAGCAAGCCUGUCAAGAGCAACUGUUACAUGCAGUUAACCGAGGUCGCUACAUGGUCAAGGAAAUGAUCGGUGUGAUUCAGCUCAAAAAGUAUCGUACGCUCAAGCAGCGGUACGGCCAGCAGCCGAACGCUCACGGCAACGAUAGCGCUCUACGUAUUGCCAUGCGACGCUUGGAAGAGGACGGACGUGAAAAAUUACAAGAUCACGAUCCUACAUCUAGGAAACCAGUAUAG